AGGACACAGGGUGGUGGGCAGCUUAGCGCCUGUUGGGCCCAGGGGGUUCCAAGCCCUCCUCAACUGCUCACCAAUACACUCCAGUCCAAGGGGCCUCGAGUUCCUGGUGCGGACGAGCCUGGGGCUCUGCCUGAGUCACACCAGGAAGCUCCAGUUUCGAGGCUAUGUCCCAGCCCCGCCCAGAGGCUCCGGAGCACAAACCUGUCCAGCACGUGGCUGGUGAGACUCCCAAGAGCCGGGCAGGUGAGGCACCUCCUCACUCAGUGAUGUCAGCUGGUGGCUUGGAAUCAGCGCUGGCAGCUGCCUCGCUCUGGAGACGCUGCUCCCCUUCCCCGGAGAGCUGCCCGCAGCUGCCCGCCUCCCACAGCGGCCUCCACGUGGCCUGACUGCACAACCAGGUCGCGCUGGACUCUACGCCACAGAGGCAGACGAGUCAUCCGCCCCCCAGACGGCCACCCAGCCAUCUGCCUGACCUUCCCAUGACAAUGAGUUUCCAGGUGACAGGCCUGGGCCUGGACAAGAUGAAGCUGGACAGUCCCCAGUCCUUCCUGGACCAGGAGGAGGUGGAGGAGGCUGAGGACCGGCAGCUGCUGGAGCCGGAGGCUUGGAGGACCUACACAGCACGCCGCAAUGCGCUGCGGGAGUUCCUGACCUGCGACCUGAGCCCCCACCUGCUGAAGCGCCAUCACGCUCGCAUGGAGCUGCUGAGGAAGUGCUCCUACCACAUCGAGAUCCUCCCCAAGCACCUGGCCCUGGGCGACCAGAACCCGCUGGUGCUGCCCAGCACCAUGUUCCAGCUCAUCGACCCCUGGAAGUUCCAGCGCAUGAAGAAGGUGGGCACCGCGCAGACCAAGAUCCAGCUCCUGCUGCUCGGAGACCUGCUGGAGCAGCUGGACCACGGCCGUGCCCAGCUGGAUGCCCUGCUCGAGUCGCCUGACCCUCGGCCCUUCCUGGCGGGCUGGGCACUCGUGGAACAGCGGCUGGCAGACCUGUCGGCCGUCAUGGACAACUUCCUGGCCAUGAUGGUGCCAGGGCGUCUGCAUAUCAAGCACCGCCUGGUGUCUGAUGUUGGCGCCACCAAGAUCCCGCACAUCCGGCUCAUGCUCAGCACCAAGAUGCCCGUCAUGUUCGACCGCAAGGAGUCGGUGGCCCACCAGGACUGGGUCACCCUGCGCUGGUUUGUCACCAUCCAGCCAGCGAUGCCGGAACAGUUCGAACUGCGCUUCAAGCUGCUGGACCCACGGACACAGCAGGAGUACCUGCAGCGCGGCAUCAUCCCCGUGGCCGCCUGCACCUUCGACGUCCACAACCUGCUGCCCAACCGUGUCUACAAGUUCACCGUCAAGAGGGCAGAGAGCUACACGCUGGUCUAUGAGCCCUGGCGGGACAGCCUCACACUGCAGACCAGGCCGGGGCCCCCCGAAGGGCCGCCCCCCCGUCGGCUGGGCAAGCCGGGCCGCCCCUGA